AUGGCUGCGCAAUCGAAGCCUACAAUUUCCCCCUGGGGCCGCGCCGUGGCCGGGGCGACUGGUGCUGUUCUUGCUAACGCGCUGGUAUACCCUCUCGACAUCGUCAAGACUCGCCUUCAAGUCCAGGUCCGUUCCGAUGCUACUAAGGGCUCUACCGACGCCGACGAACAACAUUACAAGUCCACAUGGGAUGCGAUUUCGCGCAUCACGGCCGAAGACGGAGUGAAGGGACUCUACGCUGGCAUGAAUGGUGCCCUGCUUGGUGUCGCGUCAACCAAUUUUGCAUACUUCUACUGGUACACCAUCGUCAGGACUCUGUACUUCAAGUCGCGCGGGUCAGACGUGCAUCCUUCAACAAUCGUGGAGCUUGCGCUGGGAGCCGUCGCUGGCGCCAUCGCUCAGAUUUUCACCAUCCCUGUCGCCGUGGUGACGACACGUCAGCAGACAGCCACGAAGGAGGAUCGAAAGGGCCUCCUCGCAACAGCGCGCGAGGUCAUCGAUGGCCCAGACGGUGUGUCGGGUCUGUGGCGAGGCCUGAAGGCGAGUCUUGUGCUUGUCGUCAAUCCCGCCAUCACCUACGGUGCCUAUGAACGACUCAAGGAUACCUUCUUCCCAGGCAAGACCACCUUGAGGCCAGCCGAAGCAUUUCUCCUCGGUGCCAUGUCCAAGGCUUUGGCAACGAUUGCCACACAGCCGCUCAUUGUAGCCAAGGUCGGCCUUCAAUCUAAGCCACCUCCUGCUCGCAAUGGCAAGCCUUUCAGCAGUUUCGUGGAGGUGAUGAAGUUCAUUAUUCAGCACGAGGGUGUCUUGGGCCUCUUCAAGGGCAUUGGUCCCCAGAUCUUGAAGGGAUUCCUCGUGCAAGGUAUCCUGAUGACUACAAAGGAGAGAGUGGAACUCAUGUUUAUUCUCUUCAUCCGGUAUCUCAAGUCUCUCCGCUUCAGUAAGCUGAGCAAGACUGCAGAAGCAACAGCUGCUUCCGCAACUGCGGUGGCGCACAGCGUCGCGGCCAAACCGGUGACCACCACGAACUGA